ACUUUUGGGGACGGGGUCGCGGAUAAACACAGUGUUAUGAGAACUUGAAAGGUCAGUUUGCCUGGCAGCCAUUGUUGUUUGUCGGAGUGUAACAUACGUGUAUACGACUACUUUGCUCCAGUUUGAGACCAUUUUCAAGACAAUUUGACACUUCAGCGUUGAAUCAGCACCAAAAACCGGAAGAAAUGGGUGAGAGAAGCGGUGAGGUCGCUAUGGACGAUCAUCCAGCUGUACACCCAGGGGAAGAGACAAGCAGCAGCGAGAAAUUAGACACGGGAAGGCAGCAAAAUAAGGAAGGAAACAUUCCAUGUGAGGAAAAGUGUGGAGUAGAAUCUGACCAUCCUCCCGCACAGGGUCGAACAGAGCAGAAGGACAGACUUGCGGUGAAACGUACUGUGAAUAAACGCUUUGCGUGUACGGAGUGUGGCUACAGGGCAGCCAAAAAGUCUGUCCUAAUCAAACACACAAGAAAACAUACAGGUGAGAAACCAUAUAAGUGUGACCAGUGCGACUAUUCUGCUGCACAGAAAGUUCACUUAGACCGACACAUGACUAAGCAUACCGGCGAAAAACCCUACAUCUGUGGAGAGUGUGGAUACUCGGCGGCUAUCAGGUGUCGCCUAUCGGAACAUAUGAGAAUACAUGCUGGCGAGAAACCUUACAAGUGUGACCAGUGUAACUAUACUUCUGCAAAAAAAUACAAUUUAUUCCAGCACAUGACUAAACACACCGGAGAAAAAUCCAUAAUGUGUGGGGAGUGCGGAUUUCGAACGGCUGAUAGGUCCAACCUAUCUCGACAUAUGAGAACUCAUACAGGCGAAAAGCCCUACAGGUGUGACCAAUGUGACUAUUCUACUACACGCAAAAGCACAUGGCUAAACACACUGGCAACAAACCCUACAUGUGUGAAGAGUGCGGAUACAGGACGGCUGACAGGUCCUACUUGACCAUACAUGUGAAAAAACAUACAGGUGAGAAACCUUAUAAGUGUGACCAGUGCGACUUUUCUGCUGCACAUAAAGUUUCUUUAGACCUUCACCUUACUAAACACAGCGGAGAAAAACCCUUCAUGUGUGGACAGUGCGAAUACAGGACUGCUCUCAGGUCUCAACUAUCCGAACAUAUGAGAACACAUACAGGUAUGAAACCUUAUAAAUGUGACAAGUGCGACUAUUCUGCUUCAUGCAAAGGCAAUCUAGUCAAACACAUGCAUAAACACACCGGCGAGAAACCCUACAUGUGUGGAGAGUGUGGAUUCAGGACGGCUGACAGGUCUUCCUUAACUGUACAUUUGAGAAGACAUACAGGUGUGAAACCUUAUAAGUGUGACCAGUGCGACUAUUCUGCUGCACAUAAAGUUUCUUUAGACCUUCACCUUACUAAACACAGCGGAGAAAAACCCUUCAUGUGUGGACAGUGCGAAUACAGAACUGCUCGCAUGACUAACCUAACCGCACACAUGAGAAAACAUACAGGUGAAAAACCUUACAAGUGUGACCAGUGCGACUAUUCUGCUGCACAGAAAUGCCAUUUAGACCGACAUGUGGCUAAACACGCCGGAGAAAAGCCAUAUAUGUGUGAAGAGUGCGGGUACAGAACGGCUCAGAGGUCUAACCUAUCCGUACAUAUGAGGAAACAUUCGGGUGAAAAGCCCUAUAAAUGUGACCAGUGCGACUAUUCUGCAUCACACAAAUAUAAUCUAGACAGACACAUGUAUAAACACACCGGCGAAAAACCCUUCAUGUGUGGAGAGUGCGGAUUCAGGACGGCUGACAGGUCUUACUUAACCGUACAUAUGAGAAAACAUACAGGUGCGAAACCUUACAAGUGCAACAAGUGCGACUAUUCCGCUGCACAGAAAUGCCACUUAGACCAACAUGUGGCUAAACACAAUGGCGAAUAACGCAACGUUCAGUGAGUGUAGGUACAGAACGGCUGUAAUCCAUGAUCGUUUAUGGUAAAUAUGACAAACCAUUUACGUGUAAGCAGUGUGACUAAAUACACCGAAACACAACAAUACCGUGUGUAAACAGACACAGGACGAGACACACUAUGCAUGUGACUAUAGUGUGUAUAUAAUAAUCCAUAUGAUAAUAAGUACUUAAGUAUCCAGCCUCGUACAAAAAUACAGUUGUAGACGUAAAACAAAAAUGUGAUCGGUGCGUCUAUUCUGCUUCAAGUAAAAGUAGUUUACACUUACACGUGGCCGAGCCUGUAAACUACCCAACCCUACAUGUGCGGUAUGCCCAUCUCAUCACUGAGCCUUGACAGUUGCUGUUGUAAACAAUGACUCAAUUUGAGGACAAUAUUCUGUAUCCAACAUUGUAUUUUUGCUGUAAGAAGAAGUUGAUGCUCUUAGAAAACAAUGCUUGAUAACUUGGCAAAUGUAGAUAUGGUACUGACCGUUAUUGAGUUUGUUCUUAUGUUAUUUCAUGUAUUACUUGGAAAAGUGGUGAUAAUUCGUGCGUUAUUGUAGCCCGAUUCUUUACAUCAUGUGGAAAAAUAAAGCUGUACUUUCAAAGCGG